AUGGGUAACAUAUGUAAGUCAUAGAAAGAUACUGAAUUCGAGGAAGCUUAAUAAUUGUCAUUAGUCACCAUAGAAACUGGAAUUCAAAGCAUAAACUCAACUAUCUAAGCUAAUAGUCAGCAAUUAAAAUUGAACAAAGAAUCUCCAUAGGAUGGUGUCUAAAUCUCUAAUAUCUAAGUGAUAAUGAUUAAACCAAGAAAUGAGGAAGAGGGAAUUCAAAUCAUGAGAGAUUUACUAUAAUUUGGAAACAAAAUAAUAAUUAUCCCUAAAGCGACAGAUGAAAGUCCAAAUGUGAGUGCAAAAUCCUUAUUCAAGAAGGGGAUAUUAAAAAACAAAGGAACUCCUAUACCAAAAUUUUAACCUCAUUCCUGUAAAUAGUAGAAAAUGGAUAAAUAUCUAAGGUUUGAAAAAAAAUGA